CCGGGCGGAAAGGUCUCAGUGGUUCUUGUUGCCCCUUCCCGCGGCUGAACCUUGGGAGCCAUGGUGAACUCGGGCCUCUCCGGAGCCGCCGCCGCCGCCGCUGCCGCCACCGCCGGUACCGUCUCUCUAGAGUGAGGGGCGCGGACGAGGUGAGCAAGGAGGCGGCGGCUGGAGCUGUGGGGACAGUAGCCACCAUGUCGGAUACGCGGCGGCGAGUGAAGGUUUAUACCCUGAACGAAGAUCGGCAAUGGGACGACCGAGGCACCGGGCACGUCUCCUCCACCUAUGUGGAGGAGCUCAAGGGAAUGUCGCUGCUGGUUCGGGCAGAGUCCGACGGAUCACUACUCUUGGAAUCAAAGAUAAAUCCAAACACUGCAUAUCAGAAACAACAGGAUACAUUAAUUGUUUGGUCAGAAGCUGAAAACUAUGAUCUGGCACUAAGUUUUCAGGAAAAAGCUGGCUGUGAUGAGAUCUGGGAAAAAAUUUGUCAGGUUCAAGGUAAGGAUCCAUCAGUGGAAGUCACACAGGACCUCAUUGAUGAAUCAGAAGAAGAACGAUUUGAAGAAAUGCCUGAAACCAGUCAUCUGAUUGACCUGCCCACAUGUGAACUCAAUAAACUUGAAGAGAUUGCUGACUUAGUUACCUCAGUUCUCUCCUCACCUAUCCGUAGGGAAAAGCUGGCUCUGGCCUUGGAAAAUGAAGGCUAUAUUAAAAAACUACUGCAGCUGUUCCAAGCUUGUGAGAACCUAGAAAACACUGAAGGCUUACAUCAUUUGUAUGAAAUUAUUAGAGGAAUCUUAUUCCUAAAUAAGGCAACUCUGUUUGAGGUAAUGUUUUCUGAUGAGUGUAUCAUGGAUGUCGUGGGAUGCCUUGAAUAUGACCCUGCUUUGGCUCAGCCAAAAAGGCACAGAGAAUUCUUGACCAAAACUGCAAAGUUUAAGGAAGUUAUACCAAUAACAGACUCUGAACUAAGACAAAAAAUACAUCAGACUUACAGGGUACAGUACAUUCAGGACAUCAUUUUGCCUACACCAUCAGUUUUUGAAGAGAAUUUUCUUUCUACUCUUACAUCUUUUAUUUUCUUCAACAAAGUUGAAAUAGUCAGCAUGUUGCAGGAAGAUGAGAAGUUUUUGUCUGAAGUUUUUGCACAAUUAACAGAUGAGGCCACAGAUGAUAAUAAACGACGUGAAUUGGUUAAUUUUUUCAAGGAAUUUUGUGCAUUUUCUCAGACAUUACAACCUCAAAACAGGGAUGCAUUUUUCAAAACUUUGGCAAAGUUGGGGAUUCUUCCUGCUCUUGAAAUUGUAAUGGGCAUGGAUGAUUUGCAAGUCAGAUCAGCUGCUACAGAUAUAUUUUCUUAUCUAGUAGAGUUUAGUCCAUCCAUGGUCCGAGAAUUUGUAAUGCAGGAAGCCCAGCAGAGUGAUGACGAUAUCCUUCUCAUUAAUGUAGUAAUUGAACAAAUGAUCUGUGAUACUGAUCCUGAGCUAGGAGGUGCUGUUCAGUUAAUGGGACUUCUUCGUACUCUAAUUGAUCCAGAGAACAUGCUGGCUACAACUAAUAAAACUGAAAAAAGUGAAUUUCUAAAUUUCUUCUACAACCAUUGUAUGCAUGUCCUCACAGCACCACUUUUGACCAAUACUUCAGAAGACAAAUGUGAAAAGGAUAAUAUAGUUGGAUCUAACAAAAACAGCACAAUUUGUCCUGAUAAUUAUCAAACAGCACAGCUGCUUGCCUUAAUUUUAGAGCUACUCACAUUUUGUGUGGAACAUCACACAUAUCACAUAAAAAACUAUAUUAUGAACAAGGACUUGCUAAGAAGAGUCUUGGUCUUGAUGAAUUCAAAGCACACUUUCCUGGCCUUGUGUGCUCUUCGUUUUAUGAGGCGGAUAAUUGGCCUUAAAGAUGAAUUUUAUAAUCGUUACAUCACCAAGGGAAAUCUUUUUGAGCCAGUUAUAAAUGCUCUUCUGGAUAAUGGAACUCGGUACAAUCUAUUGAAUUCAGCUGUUAUUGAGUUAUUUGAAUUUAUAAGAGUGGAAGAUAUCAAGUCUCUUACUACACAUAUAGUUGAAAACUUUUAUAAAGCACUUGAAUCGAUUGAAUAUGUUCAGACAUUCAAAGGAUUGAAGACUAAAUAUGAGCAAGAAAAAGACAGACAAAAUCAGAAACUGAACAGUGUACCAUCUAUAUUGCGUAGUAACAGAUUUCGCAGAGAUGCAAAGGCAUUGGAAGAGGAUGAAGAAAUGUGGUUUAAUGAAGAUGAAGAAGAGGAAGGGAAAACAGUUGUGGCACCAGUGGAAAAAUCUAAGGCAGAAGAUGAUUUUCCAGAUAGUUAUGAAAAAUUCAUGGAGACUAAAAAGGCAAAGGAAAGUGAAGACAAGGAAAACCUUCCCAAAAGGACGUCUUCUGGUGGCUUCAAAUUUACUUUCUCCCACUCCACCAGUGCUGCUAAUGGAACAAACAGUACAAACAGUAAAUCUGUAGUGGCUCAGACACCACCAGCAAGUUCUAAUGGCUCCUCUUCCAAAACUACAAACUUGGCUACAUCAGUAACAGCCACCAAGGUAUGUGAAACUGCUCUACACACAAACUUCGCUUUUUUCGUCUGUAGAAUUAUUUCAUGUUUCCUGAAGAAAAUUUGGAUAAUAAAAAUAAUCUCAAAGAAGAAAAAGUUGCACACAUUGUCAUCAGAGAACAUGACUGCUAACAUUUGAUUGAUUUUUCUUUAGGUAUAUGGGUUUAUCUGACACAAUUACAGUCUCUGUAUAAGCACAGUUUUGUAUCCUGCUUUCAUUAAUUAUGAGAAUUUUUCUCUGUUAUUAAAACAUUGUUGAGGACUGUAGAAUUUCAUUUGAUUUAGCUGUAUCAUAGUAUUUGUAAGCAUCCCCUCCCCCCACCAGUAUUUUGGAGCGCGUUAGUUGAUUCUGAUAUUUCACUGACUACUGGCAUUGUUGCAUUUUAAGUUAUUUUCUUGGAUAGAUGAGUAGAACAAUGUUCUCACCCAUAUUGUCAAAUUCCUCUCCAGAAAGGCUAUACCAGUUGAUGUUACCGUAAACAUUGUAUGAGUAUGCUUGGUUCCCUGCAGCUUUGGCACUGUUGUUAUAAUGAUUUUUAAUCUUUACCAGUUAGGUAGAGGAGACAGUAUAUAUCUCGUUCUUAAUUGUGUCAUUUGUUACUAGUAAGGUUGAAUAUUAUCCUUUUGAAUUUGCUCUUCUGUUAAUUGUUCAUAGUCUUGCUUUUUUAAAAAUCGGUUUAUAUCUUUUUAAUAUGAGUGAGUCUUUGGUUAAGAAUAUUAACCUUUUUGUCAUUCACAUAGCAAAUGUAUUUCCCAUUGGUUACUUUUUGCAUGUAAACAAGUUUAAAUUUGAUAUAAAACUUUUUUCUUUCAUUUAUGUUUUUAUUAUAUGUAAUAUGUCCUUUUCCCCAAAAAGGAGUGGCUUAAAAUAUAAAGACAUAAAUAAAGGACAAAUGUUAGUAUAAGGAUAGAAGGAAAAGAGAAGGCCAUAGUAGAAAACCUAAGUGAAGUGUCGCUUCUUGUUUUGAACAAGUCUGAGUUUAUUUAUUUUACAAAAAUGUAGAAUCUUUCUUCAGUAUUGUAGCAAGGUGGGCUCUUGACUAAAGAUCACAGAAGUAGCAUUUUCAAUAGGAUUUUCCUGUUUGUGAGACACAGUUUAUGUUAUUGAACAAGAAUUUUUAAAUUUUCAUUUUUUGAUAGGACAAUUUAGUAUAAUAUUAUGACACUAUAUUAAGAAUAUUUGCUGUGGAGUUAUAUUGCUUGGGUUCAAAUCUUGGCUGUGCCUCUUUCUCUGUGUUUGACCUUAAGUAAAUUAUUUAAUCUCUCUGGGCCUUAGUUUUCUCAUUUUAAACAGGGAUAAAACAGCACCUCCUUUCUAGGUUUGUUGUGAAGGUUUAAUUAUUUAAUAAAUGUAAAGAGUUUAGAACACUAUUUGGUACAUUCUCAAUAUGUACUAGCUUUUCUUUUUUUUUUUUUAAUCAAAGUAAUAUAUGCACUUACUUUUAAAAGACAUAGCAUUAAAAGUAUUGAAAAAAAAAAACAGUCCUCUUUUCUUCUCCUAGCUCUUUCUUCUAUUUCUAAUUAAUACGCUAAUACUGCCAUAUUGUUUUACCACUCCGUACCAGAUCCUCACCCUUAUUACUCUCUGUAUCACAAUUUUUGGUUAAAACAAUAUUUGAUAACUUUAUAGCUAUAAUAACAUAAAUAUUCUUUAUUCAUUAAUUUUUUUCCUGCUUUUUUUUUUCCCUGCUUUUAUUCUAUACUGUGUUUUUCUUUAUAACUCUUCUCUUUUUAUAGAGUAAAUAACCUCUCAGGUUAGUUUCCACAUAGUCUCCCCCUUGGAGACAUCUCUCUUGAAGUCUCCCAUCUUGUCCCAGCCUAGAUUGGUUCCUCUCCAGACUUGCUGCUCAGCUGUUGUCUUAAGGCUGCCUCUGCCAUCACCCUAAUACUUCCUUUUGCCUUGCUUCUUUUCUUAUGUUGAUUGUUCCCUGGAUCUCAGGUCUCUGUUCUCUUUCUUGAUUUUCCAUCUCAUUUUGUUGGAGCAUACCCUCUCUGUUUCCUGAGAAAAGAAUUCCAUGAGAGAUAAAGUUUGAGACCUUGCAUGUAUGAAGAUGUUUUUAUUGUAUCCUCAUACUUGAUUGACAAUUUAACUGAAUGUAGAGCCAAAUUAGAAAUAAUUUUCUUUCAAAAAUUUGAAGUUAUUGCUGCCAAGAAAUCCAGAGACAUUCUUAUUCCUGAUUGUGUGUGUGUGAUUUUAUUUGAUUCUUCUUGGAAGCAUUUGGGGUUUUAUCUCUGUAUUCUGAAAUUUCAGGAUGAUAUACUUUGGGGAUUCUCAGCUAAACAGUCAUGACCUUUAGUUUUGGGACAUUUUAUGCUCUUUCACUAUAGCUUAUUGUUUGGAUGUUGGGCCUUAUAAUUUUCAUAAUUUUUCUCUCCUAUUACUCAUUUUUUUGUUCUAUUUUCUGGGUUAUUUCCCUGAGUUUUUUUUUUUUUUCCCAGAUAAUUUUUUAUUUAUGAACAAGCAAAAUCAAGUGCGAACACAAACACAUAUUUCACCUUUUUUGACACUAACAGCAGAUUGCCGAAUAUAUUUGUUCUACAUCUUUUGGGGGAAUAGAUAGAAAAAUAGCAAUUGUUCUUGGAAAACAAAUUAAUUGCUCAGUCACUCAAGACUAUCACAAAAAUUUGAUAUUAAGCAAGAUAGGAGCUCACAGAGGAAAGCACUAGUUAUAUUGGCUCUCAACCUUUUCCAACAAACUGACCAAAUUUCUAAGUGAAGGCAAGUUCUUUAUCACCAAUGGCCCUUUAGCCAUUUUCACCAUCAUUGCUUUUCAGGUGUCCAGCAAAGUGAUUCAGAGGUAGAUAGAUUAGAUAGAUUAGAUAGAUAGAUAGAUAGAUAGAUUCUUUUUUUAGAUCCUUUUCCAUUAUAGGUUAUUACAAGAUGUUGAAUAUAGUUCCCUGUGCUAUACAGUAGGUCCUUGUUGGUUAUCUAUUUUAUAUAUAGUAUGGUGUAUAUGUUAAUCCCAAACUCCUAAUUUAUCUGUUCCCCCCCACCACCCUUUUCCCCUUUGGUAACCAUAAGUUUCUUUUCUGUUAGUCUAUUUCUGUUUUGUAAGUAAGUUCAUUUGUAUCAUUUUUUUUUAGAUUCCACUUACAAGCAAUAUCAUGAUGAUUUUCUCUUUCUGACUUACUUCACUUAGUAUGAUAAUCUCUAGGUCCAUCCAUGUUGCCUCAAAUGGCAUUAUUUCAUUCUUCUUUAUGGCUAUUACUCCAUUGGGUAUAUUUAUCACGUGUUCCUUAUCCAGUCAUCUGUCAAUGGACAGUUAGGUUGCUUCCAUGUCCUGGCUAUUGUAAAUAGUGCUGCAGUGAACAUUGUGGUACAUGACUCUUUUUGAAUUCUGUUUUUCUGAGGGUAUAUACCCAGUAGUGGAAUUGCUGGGUCAUAUGGUAGUUCUAUUUUUAGUUUUUUAAGGAACAUCCAUACUGUUCUCCAUAGUGGCUAUACCAAUUUACAUUCCCACCAACACUGUAGAACGGUUCCUUUUUCUCCACAUCCUCUCCAGCAUUUAUUAUAAUGUAAACUUUUUGAUGAUGGCCAUUCUGACCAGUGUCAGAUGUUACCUCAUUGUAGUUUUGAUUUGCAUUUCUAUAAUAAUUAGUGAUGCUGAGCAUCUUUUCAUGUGCCUGUUGGCCAUUUGUAUGUCUUCUUUGGAGAAAUGUCUGUUUAGAUCCUCUGCCCAUUUUUUAAUUGGGUUUUGUUUCUUUGAUGUUGAGUUGUUUGAACUGUUUAUAUAUUUUGGAUAUUAACCCCUUAUUGGUCCUAUCAUUUGCAAAUCUUUUUCCCAUUCAGUAAGUUGUCUUUUCGUUUUUGCUUUGCAAAAGCUUUUAAGUUUAAUUAGGUCCCAUUUUUUUAUUUUGCCUUUAUUUCCUUUGCUUUAGGAGACUGAUCCAAAAAAAUAUUGCUACAAUUUAUGUCAAAGAUUGUUCUGCCUAUGUUUUCCUCUAGGAGUUUUAUAGUAUCUGGUUUACAUUUAGAUCUUUAAUCCAUUUCAAGUUUAUUUUUGUAUAUGGUGUUAGAGAAUGUUCUAAUUUCAUUCUUUUACAUGUAGCGGUCCAGUUUUCCCAGCACCACUUGUUGAAGAGACUGUCUUUCAAUUGUAUGUUCUUGCCUCCUUUGUCGUAGAUUAAUUGACCAUAAGUGCAUGGGUUUAUUUCUGGGCUUUGUAUCUUGUUCCAUUGAUCUAUAUGUGUGUUUUUUGUGCCAGUACCAUACUGUUUUGAUGACUUAGCUUUGUAGUACAGUCUGAAGUCAAGAAGCCUGAUUCCUCCAGCCCCGUUCUUCUUUCUCAGGAUUGCGUUGACUAUUUGGAGUCUUUUGUGUUUCCAUACAGAUUUUUAAAUUUUUUGUUCCAGUUCUGUUGGUAAUUGGAUAGGGAAUGCAUUGAAUUUAUAGUUUGCCUUGGGUGGUAUGGUCAUUUUAACAACAUUGAUUCCUUCAUUCUUUCAUGGAAAGAACACAGUGUAUCUUUCCAUCGGUUUGUGUCAUCUUCAGUUUCUUUCAUCAGCAUCUUAUAAUUUUUGUCACCAUCAUUGUUGAUUGCUACAAUCGAAUUGAUUGGUUCUUAAAAUUAAAUAGAUCAGGUGAUAAUUUGUUUUCCUUUGGAAGGCAUCCUAAAGCAUCUUGCUUUUUCAUAUAACAAGCUUAUCUGGAUGAGCGUUCUUUCAUAUCAGUACAUAAAAGAACUUCCUCCAUAGAAUUCCAAAGUAUGGAUGGAUAUGUGACCUUUUACAUACAUUUCACAUACAUGUAUAUUUCUGUAGAGAAUGUGCAUUUACAAUUUUGACAAAUGUUAUCACAUAUAAAUGCUCAGUAAAAUAGGAAUAAAUGGAUAAUUUCUUAACAUGAUAUAUAUUGCUGAUACCAAAAGCUAGCUUUAUCCUUAAGAAAUAUUAGAAGCAUUCAUACCAAAGUCAGGAACAAGACAGGAUGCCACUAUCACUGCUGUUAUUUAACCAUUGUUCUGGGUAUUGGCCAGUGCAAUUAGGUGAGAUAAAGAAAUUAAAGCUAUAAAAAUUAGAAGAUAUAAAAGCUAUCACUUUUGCUGGUGAUUAAAACAAAAUUUUACUCAUGUUUAUAUAAAAAUUACAUGAUAUCAAAAAUUAGAAGAUAUAAAAACUAUCACCUUUACUGAUUAAAAUUUUUUAAUCAUGUUUAAGGAAGAUCUAUGUAUUUUUUUUUAAUUUUUUAAAAUUUAUUUGGCUGUGGCACUCAGGAUCUUUGUUGCAGCAUGCGGCAUCUUUUAGUUGCAGCAUACGGAACCUUUAGCUGCAGCAUGUAGGCUCUUAGUUGCAGCAUGCAGGAUCUGGUUCCCUGACCAAGGAUCAAAUCUAAGCCCCGUGCAUUGAGAGCAUGAAGUCUUAACUGCUGGACCACCUGGGAAGUCCCAUCUAUGUAUUUUUUAUUUCAUUGAGUAGAGCAGGGGUCCCCAACCCCCAGGCCUGUUAGGAACCAGGCCACAUAGCAGAAGGUGAGUGGCAGGCAAGCAAGCAAAUCUUCAUCUGCUGCUCCCCAUCACUCACAUUACAGCCUGAACCAUCCCCUCCCCCCACAUCAAAACCAUGGAAAAGUUGUCUUCCACAAAACCGGUCCCUAGUGCCAAAAAGGUUGGGGACCACUGGAGUCAAGGAUAAUUCUUGAAUUCUGUCCCCUUAGAUUUGUUAAUAUGAUGAAUUAUGUUAAGUUUCCUAUCUUAAAAUUUGUUAAUUUGUCAGUUUUAGUUCAGAAAGAGUCAUUGUUUCUUCAUAGGUUUUUGUUAUUGUUACAUCAUUUGUUUUGAUCCCUUUCAUAUUAGAAAUGUUUCUCAAAUGUCUGGUGAUGCUUAGAUUUUCUUUCAUGUUAAAAAGUAAGGUAGUUUGGGAUUGACAUGUGCACACUGCUAUAUUUAAAAUGGAUAACCAACAAGGACCUAUGGUAUAGCACAGGGAACUCUGCUCAGUUAUACAUAUGUAUAUGUAUAACUGAAUCACUUUGCUAUAUACCUGUUAAUCAAGAUUGUUAGUCAACUAUACUCCAAUACAAAAUAAAAAUAAAAAGUUAAAAAAAAAAUCCUUGAGGAGAAGUGCUUCAGUGAGGUGCUAAUCUAUUUAUGCAGCAAAAAUAUAAAAUAAAUUCAUCUGCUAGGCUCACAGCACCAAACUUAAAAAAAAAAAAGUACGGUAGACUUUUCAGCAAGACUGCCAAUACAAUUCACUGAGGUAAAGAAUCAUCUUUUCAACAUGGUGUUAGGACAACUUGGAUAUCUGCAUUCAAAAGAAUGAAGUUGGACCCUGCCCCUCACCACGUUACAGAACUUAAAGUAGACAAAAGAUUUAAAUAUAAGAAUUAAAAGGAUAAAACACUUAGAAAAAACUACAGGAGUAAAUACUCAUGUCCUCAAAUUAAGCAGUGAUUCUUUUUUUUUCUUUUUGUUUUUAUUCACCGCAAGGCUUGCGGGAUCUUAGUUCCCCAACCAGGGAUCGAACCUGCACCCCCUGCAGUGGAAGCACAGAGUCCUAACCACUGGACCACCAGGGAAUUCCCCUAGGCAGUGAUUUCUUAGGUAUAACACAAAAAGCACAAGUGUUGCAAAAGAAAAAAAUAGAUAAAUCAGACUUCAUCAAAAUUAAAAACUUCUUUGCUUCAAAGGACACUAUCAUACGGUGAAAAGGCAGUCCACAGAAUGGGAGAAAAUAUAUCUGAUAAGGGACUGGUAUCCAGAAUAUAUAAAGCACAACACAGCAACCUGGUUUUAAAAUGGGCAUUUAAAAAGAUUUCUCCAAAGAAGAUAUACAAAUGGGGCAUAUAAGCACAUGACAAAAUGGUCAGCAUCAUUAGUCAGGAAAAUGCAAAUUAGUCAGGAAAAUGCAAAUCAGAACCACAGUGAGAUUCUACUUCACACCCACUAAAAUAGCUAUAAUAAAACACAUGGACAAAAACGUGUGUUGGUGAGAAAUUGCAACUCAUACAUUGUUGAUGGGAAUUAUCAAUAAAAUGGUGCAAAUGCAUUAGAAUACAGUCUGGAAGUUCCCCCAAAAAAUUAAAUUCCACUCCUAGGUAUAUACUCAAGAGAACUGAAAAUAUAUGUCCACACUAAAACUUGUACAUGAAUAUUAAUAGCAUUAUUCAUAAUUGCCAAAAAGUGGGAACAACCCAAAUGUCCAUCAUCUGAUGAGCAAAUAAACAGAAUGUGAUAUAUCCAUAACGAUGAAUAUUAUUUUGCCAUAAAAAGGAAAAGGAAUGAAGUACUGACACAUGCUACGACAUAGAUGAACCCAAAAACAUUAUGCUAAGUGAAAUAAGCCAAACACAAAAGGCCACAUAUUGUAUGCUUCUGUUUAUAAGAACUGGUCAAAAAUAAGCAAAUCUUUAGAAACAAAGUAGAUUUGUGAUUUCCAGGAGCUGGGAAGGAGGGAGGAAAGGGAAGUGACUAAUGGGUAGGGGUCUGGGGGGGUGGGUGUUGACGAAAACACUCUGGAAUUAGUGGUAACGGUCACACAACUUUGGGAAUAUACUAAAACCACUGAACUGUACACUGCACAGGGGUGAACUUUACGGUAUGUGAAUUAUGUCUCAAUUUUUUAAAUAAGGCAGUUAAAAACAAUGAGAAGGGCCUACUGAUGUGGACUUCAUAUAAAAGACUAGAGCAAAUGCCCUGCUCUUUUCAGGGAGUGUUAGUGGUUUGGGG